AUGUCAGUUAAUAUAGAGUACACAGUUUGGAAAUCAUUACAGAUGUCUAAUCACUGUAUUAAGGACUUUGAACAAACUGAUAAUCAUCAAAAGGUCAGUAUAGAGCAUGAUUUCAAACUUGGCUGUCAGUGUAGAAUUUUAGCUGCUGAUUUGGAGGGAGUUAAGCUCGAUAUAGCAAUCAUGUGCAGGGACAUAGAAACUAAGUUCCUUGCAGCUUUCAAUUCGCGGGAUGGUGAUAGUGAACAAAUAAGUGAACUUAAACACGAGCUUCUUAAGGAAAAGGAGAAAUGUAGUCAGUUGGAGGCUGAUAUAUCUAUUUUGGUUCGAGGAAGGAAUAGGGAGAUAAACGAAUUAAAAAAUACCAUUACCUGUCUCGAAAACAAACUUAAAUCAAGCGAUGUCAUAAAUGAAUCUCUAAGACAAUCGCUAAUGCAAAUUAAUUCAGAAAAAUUCAAUGGUGUAUUGAGUGCCGAACAAAGCCUGUCAAACCAACCUGAACAAAUUAAUACUUCUAACUGCAUCAUAGACACUGUAAAAUCGAUAGAAACUGCAAAUUCAAACCUAGGAAUUUGUUUACCAGGUGAACCAUUUAUUCCCGAAACUGUCAGCGUUGAAAGCCCCCUUGAUAAUUCAUGUUUAAUUGUCCAACCAGCAAGUUGUAAUAGAACCGACAAUAAACUCGACAACAAAUGUGAAAUUAACAAAGUGAAGUUAACGGAGCAUAAUAUGAAUAACGACAAAAUCAGUAAAACUAAGGUCUCGCGAAGUUACUCUCGACGCAAUCUUAAUUCUCCCCCUUACUGUGAGCCAUUGUCGCUGAAAUCGCUUGGAAACUUGCCUCUUAUCGAAAUAUCCAAGCCAUUUAUAACUCAGAAGAAGGAACCCUUUUUAGAAAACCCAUCAAAUAUAUUGAAUGAUAGUACAACUAGCACUGGGACAGUUACUCAGCAUGUGUGCAUUGGCCAAAUACCAGCUGAUAUCUCUGAAUUUAUUGUCUUAGACGGCGACGAAUGCAUGUCUGA